AGAGCCUCCGAGCACCAGUGACGCGAAUCGAUGUGCUGGAUGCUGACCUCUUGGAAAGACGUUGCGUAAAACGGGCUCGCCUCGCACUUAUCACACUUGAGAAAGACACGCGAACCGAGAGUCUGAAAGUGCUUCAAGUAUGCUGACAAAUCCCCCUCCUUUACUCCGUACAUGUAUACGCAAGUCGCAAUGUUCUACAACGAUUCGGAAUAAUCUUGGGUCAGAAUAACAUUGCUCGCAGCCUACACGAUACUACACUUUGACUUGAUUGAACGUGCAUGUACAUGUAGCGAACAGUUACAUUCAUUGUUAUUGAAACAGAACACUUAGCCGCUUUUUUUGCUAACACAGAACUACUACGAAAUGGACGUGUAGAAUGAAAGCUUCCAGUCUCCUGUGCAUGCGUCGGGCCGGGCCACAGAACCCAGCCGCAGAGCUCCAGUGGCCAAAACAAAACACGUUGGUCAAGCCUUUCAUGAUUGCGCUAGUUCGCAAUUUAUGUACAUGUACCUGCCGCGGGUCACGAGCAGGGUAAGACCUGCACCGUCCCCAUGACUUUGUUUGCCAGUUCUCCGCUUCGGUGUAUUGAAAGGAGAGGCGACCGUAUAGGCUUUACAUCCUCUCCGCGCUUCGUGUGUUUACCAAGACAGGGAUUGUGUCAAAGAGGAAAAAAUUCGCGUGGGCAUCGAAAGCCAUUCCGUGAAUCUGCACAAUGUUUCUGUACCGACAAGACCCUGCUCUGCUGCACCGAUGUGGACGAUUUGGAAGCUGUGUGACGGUCGAGGGAAGGAGAGCAGGACACUAUAAAUACGCAGCUAUGAACCCAGGAAGAUCAGAGAAGACAUUUCCAGCUAGCUCAAGCAAAACCUUCAGUGCUGCUGAGGCCUAGCGUAGGACUAGUAGUAUCAGCAUUAUAAUUAUUUCAAAGAUGGCAGCUAUUCCGCUCCUUGUGACUUUUUACUUUCUCAUCUACUCGCCCCAGAUUGGUAAAUACUUAAAAGUGCCUCGCGUAAAAGUCAGUCAGCACAACUGUCCCUCACUUCCUAUGGUCAGUAGCACGGAGGCGAUGACCACCUUACGACUGGACAGCCGAUGCAGCAUGCGAAGCAUGUUUUUCGACCCAGCCGACACACAGAGACGCAUUGAUGAACAGCACACGCAGGUCGUCCUCCACAAUCACGUGGCGCCGCAGAACCCACUGACAACCUGGCGUUCAGCCAAUGCUUCAGCCAAUGCCACACAACUGGGUGUCCGCGUGCCGGUCAAGUUCGGCAGACGACUUCCGACCAACUGUUCUCAACUGGAGGGCAACGGAAGCAUUCCGGAGCAGAUCAGCUCCAACCUGGUGCUGACGUCGCAGGGCUUACCUCGCAACCACUUUCACAUCUUGGACAGUACUCGGGACCUUAUUCUGAUCGCUCGACUUACAGGCGAAGUGGAAUUUGUGCCUCUUGAUACAUUUGCCACGCUUAGGCCAACUGAGCAGUUCUUGGCAGAGUUUCGUAUUCGCCCCACUACGAAAAAGGAAAUGCAGGAAUCUAACUGUCACAAGUUGCCUGCCUAAGUGUGCAUCAGAUACAGGGAUACGCUGAUAACUUACAUGUAUUGGCCUUGUGUAUUGGUGUACGCAUAGGUGUGCGUGCGUGCGUGUGUUUAUUUAUUUAUUGACAACCAGUCUAUAUUUAUGACCACAGCUACAGGUCUGGCAAGUCAUGUUAUUGUUGUUAUGUUGGCAGAUACCAAGUACGACCUCUAUGGUCACCUGUAUUGUUCUAUUACCGCAAAAUUUACGCAGUGACCUACCCUAUCAAGAGUACCUGUUGUCUACGACUAAUUUAUUUUAUUUAUUUUGAAGAUCUGGUUACAGAUUGUAAUAUGUAUGCAUAUAUGUCUCGAUAUUUAUCAAUAUCCACACCGCCAAAUCGGUCAUAAAUCCUGUAGUCAGCAGAAGGGAUAUUUUUAUGAAAUAUUUUCGAAGCUUUCCAGAUUUUUAGACUGCCAGGUAUCACCGCAUCCUGUGCAAUCCAUAAAUUUAUUUUCUCUCAAUUCUCUAUGAAGAAGAAUAACUCACGUCAGUAUAUUACUUAUAUCAAUCACGUGAUUAUUGGCGAAAUACAUAUACAUGCAAACUACACAAGACUGUGCAAUGUACAUGUGAACCGUGA